AUGGACGAUUUCAACAACGACGGUUCUCGUUACUUUCAGUGGGACGAACUAUACUCGCCAAAUACCCCAAAUACUGGUCUUGAAGACUGGGAGAGUAAUGGCUCCCGUUCUGAUUACAGCAGUUCGCCACACCCGGGCUAUCAACAAUUCGCUACUCCCAGCCCGGUAAUGGAGCCAGCAACUAUCCAGGUUCCAGAUCCACAGGGGCCCUACUUCGACCUAUCAACCAUCAAUGCCCAAUUGCCACAGCUUUUGGCGCAAUUGCAGAGCCCGGCCGCUCAGCAAGCGCUUUACAAUAUCGUUCAGCAACUUCCUUACGGC